AACAUCUUCGUAUUCUGCGAUCUGAGAAUGACCGGCUGGAAUGCUUGGUUUUGGAUGGACGACUAAAAGGCACCAAAACAUUCCUUACUCGAGUUCCCUUCCGCGCAAAAUACAGGAACUUGGACCAAUACCCAUUUCAACGGACACAGUUUCCCAUUUGCGUCACCAUUAAUUAUACGUCAUCUCAACCGCCACGGGAAACACCGCAAGCUGGGUUCAAGUUACCUUCUAUUCCGGGUCGAAUGCCGCCUCCUAGUUUAUCCCGAAAGACAACACCACCAGGGCCACGGUCAAAGUCUCAAGUGAAUUUGAAUCCAGACUUCAAGCUUCCCGGUCUUCCAGCGUCAAAAUCAACCUUGUCGAACAUUUUGAACACAACAACUGCUGUAGAUACAUCCUCAAAGACACGUGCAUCACCAGCACCAACCGAUUGCUGGGACGACUUCUUUGAAAGCAGUACGCAAAUUUCGCGUGAAAUCGCCUCUGAAGCAAAACCCAAGGUCAUCGAAACCAACACGACGUCUAUUGCCACUUCACCUUCUAUCGUUGACGAUCUUCCCCCAAUGUCCACCCAAGACCUAAACUUCUCCCUCGACGAUCUGGAUGACGAGCCUGUUCAUAGUGUCUCUAAUCAAUCAAAACUCCAAACCAUUCCUGUAACGUCGAAAAUGAUACCAAUAGCACUUCCAGAGAGAGCACCUUUUCCACAAACCCACAAGAAGACUCAAGUUGCACCUGCACCACCGCAGGUGGAGCCAUUAGCUGUGCCAUUGAAGUGUAACCCUAUCAUAACGUCUACACAUACGCCAGCACGCUCAUCUGUAGCCACGAACAUCAGCAGACCUCCGAUGUCUAAUAAAAAAAUAGCUGGAAAAUGUUGGAAUCCAGGGCCUUUUGCAACAGGUCUUGAUGCUGAGCUUGCAAAGCUCAGAGCUUCACAGUUACCAAAGUCAAUGUCUCUGCCUAAUGCAAAGCGGAGAGCCACUACAGCGCCAUCCAAAACGCAUGCACCGCCGGCAAAAAAGCAAUGCGCGGUCGAAUCGCACCCCGCCUUGAUCCCGAAGCCGGCUGCCACGACAGCGACAAAAACCUCAUUUGACAACUUUAUCCUGUCGACUCAAGAAGCGGCAUCUUUUUUUGACGAUGACGAUAAUUUAAGCUUUGGGUCGCCGCCCAUCGCAGUAUGAAUAACGAAACCGGGGCACGUGUGGAUGAUGCCAAUGUGAACUACUGUUUUGGGCUUUGGAUAUGAUACCCUUUUCUUAUCUUUCAACGACUAGAAGAAACAAUACUCUUACAUUAUUCUUAUGCAA